AAACUGCGACUCCCCUCCCCCCCUCAAAAUAUCUUAUACCUUUACGGGCUCGCUUCAUUUUGACAGCGCAACUCCGGGACCCCAGGAGCGGAGGGGCUGCAGGUGUCCAUAUGAACGAACACAGUUCUAGUCUUCCAACAACACUUUAAGCUACUUACAACAAUUUGCAGCAGCAGACAUGAGUGGCUCCAAACCUGAUAUUCUGUGGGCCCCACACCACGUUGAUAGAUUUGUUGUCUGUGACUCAGAGCUCAGCCUCUACCACAUUGAAUCUGCUGUCAAUUCUGAACUCAAAGCAGGAUCACUGCAUUUAUCUGAAGAAACUACGGCUACCCUUUUGUCCAUUAAUUCAGACACUCCGUAUCUGAAAUGUGUGGCUUGGUAUCCUAAGUAUGAUCCUGAAUGUCUCCUGGCAGUUGGACAGGCCAAUGGCCGAGUUGUCCUUACCAGCCUUGGCCAAGAUCAUAACUCAAAAUCCAAAGAUCUGAUAGGAAAGGAAUUUGUUCCAAAGCAUGCUCGGCAGUGUAACACUCUAGCAUGGAAUCCACUGGACAGCAAUUGGCUUGCUGCUGGCCUGGAUAAACAUCGGGCUGAUUUUUCAGUACUAAUCUGGGACAUAAGUAGUAAAUACACUCCAGAAACUCCAGUUGCUACUGAGAAAGUAAGGCUUUCAUCUGGAGACACUGAAGCAGGACUUGUCGUGACAAAACCACUUUAUGAAUUAGGCCAGAAUGAUGCUUGCCUUUCUCUCUGUUGGCUUCCACGGGACCAGAAACUUCUUUUAGCUGGAAUGCACCGGAACCUGGCUAUCUUUGACCUUAGGAAUACAAGCCAAAAGAUGUUUGUGAAUACGAAGGCUGUUCAGGGAGUAACGGUUGACCCCUACUUCCAUGAUCGUGUGGCUUCCUUCUAUGAAGGUCAGGUUGCUAUAUGGGACCUUAGAAAAUUUGAAAAGCCUGUAUUGACCCUGACUGAACAACCAAAACCUCUAACUAAAGUAGCAUGGUGUCCGACGAGAACUGGAUUGCUAGCUACUUUGACUAGGGAUAGUAACGUAAUCAAGCUCUACGAUAUGCAGCACACUCCCACACCUAUUGGGGAUGAAACUGAGCCUACAAUCAUUGAAAGAAGUGUGCAGCCCUGUGAACACUAUAUUGCUUCCUUUGCAUGGCAUCCCACUAAUCAAAAUCGAAUGGUGGUUGUGACUCCAAACAGAACUAUGUCUGACUUCACUGUGUUUGAAAGGAUCUCUCUGGCAUGGAGCCCCAUUACCUCUUUAAUGUGGGCAUGUGGGAGGCACUUGUAUGAGUGCACAGAAGAUGGGAAGGCUGGUUCUUUGGAAAAAGACAUAGCCACUAAAAUGCGUCUUAGAGCUUUAUCCAGGUAUGGCCUUGACACGGAACAGGUCUGGAGAAACCACGUGCUAGCGGGAAACGAAGACCCACAACUGAAGUCACUUUGGUACACUCUGCACUUUAUGAAGCAGUAUACUGAGGAUAUGGAUCAGAAAUGCACAGGGAACAAAGGAUCUUUAGUUUAUGCAGGCAUCAAAUCUAUCGUGAAAUCCUCUAUGGGAACAACAGAGAAUCUCAGGCACAGCAGGAGUGGAUCAGAUAGACAGGCCGACAUUAUUCAAUAUCUGAGUGAGGAGAGGUCACUGGCUUUGCAGCUUUGUGGAUGGAUAAAGAAGGGCACGGAUCUAGAUGUGGAACCCUUUUUAUACUCUUUGGAACAGGAAGGAGACUGGGAGCGAGCUGCUGCUGUAGCUCUAUUCAACUUGGACAUUCGAAGAGCAAUACAGAUAUUGAACAAAGGAGCAUCUUCUGGAAAAGGUGAUCUAAACCUCAAUGUGGUGGCCAUGGCAUUAUCAGGCUAUACUGAUGAAAAGAACUCCCUGUGGAGGGAAAUGUGCAGCACGCUGAGGUUACAGCUCAACAACCCUUAUCUGUGUGCCAUGUUUGCUUUCCUAACAAGUGAAUCAGGUUCUUUUGAUGGGGUUUUGUAUGAAAGUAAUGUAGCUGUACGAGACAGAGUGGCAUUUGCUUGUAAAUUCCUAACUGAUGCUCAGCUGAAUAGGUUCAUUGACAAACUGACAAAUGAGAUGAAGGAAUCUGGGAACCUUGAAGGAAUUCUUCUGACAGGACUCACAAAAGAUGGAGUGGAUUUGAUGGAAAGCUAUGUUGAUAGAACAGGAGAUGUUCAAACAGCGAGUUAUUGUAUGCUGCAGGGUUCUCCAUCCGAUGUGCUUAAGGAUGAGAGGGUUCAGUAUUGGAUUGAGAACUACCGGAAUCUAUUGGAUGCAUGGCGGUUUUGGCAUAAGCGAGCAGAAUUUGACAUUCAUCGGAGCAAGCUGGAUCCCAGUUCAAAACCUUUAGCCCAGGUGUUUGUGAGUUGCAAUUUUUGUGGAAAGUCAAUCUCGUACAGCUGCUCGACCAUCCCUCAUCAGGGCCGAGGAUUCAGUCAGUAUGGCGUAAGUGGAUCCCCGACCAAGUCCAAAGUCACAAGUUGUCCUGGUUGCCGCAAGCCCCUUCCUCGCUGUGCACUUUGUCUCAUAAAUAUGGGCACUCCAGUUUCCAGCUGUCCAGGAGGAUCAAAGUCAGAUGAAAAGGUGGAUCUUAGCAAGGACAAGAAAUUGGCCCAAUUCAACAACUGGUUUUCCUGGUGCCACAACUGUAGGCAUGGUGGUCAUGCUGGACACAUGCUUAGCUGGUUCAGGGACCAUACUGAAUGUCCUGUUUCUGCCUGUUCCUGCAAAUGUAUGCAGCUGGAUACAACGGGGAAUCUUGUCCCGGCAGAGAUGAUCCAGCCAUGAAACAUUAGAGCUUAAAUAAGGUCCUUCACAUGAGAGGCUUUCUCCAAUAGGUGUCCCUCACAGCCCAAACACAUACCUCUGAACGUGUUACUGUUGACUUGCCUGCAAUAGAAAAAUAAAUCAUCCUAUCACAUCAGCAAUUUGAUGUGGUUGAUUUUGAU